AUGGCGCGGGAGGGCGCGGGGCUCUUCGCCGCGUUCCGGGUGCUCGGCCGCUUCAGCGGGCACGUCCCGCACGUCCUGCGCUACCACGGCCGCCACCGCGAAUUCUACCUGGCCGUGGCCGUGGGGCGCAGCGUGCACACCUACAAUGUGAAGAAGCUUGGUAUUGUUGCUGUGAGUAACACUUUGCCACAGGACAUCACAUGUUUGGCAGCAGAUCGCAUGCUGAUAUUUGCUUCAUACGACAAUAUUCUCCAUGCUUUUGCCAGGAACAAAGAGGUGGUUCAUACCUAUGAAGGCCACAAGGCAAAGAUACACCUUCUACAGCCUUUUGGUGAUCAUGUCAUCUCUGUGGAUGUUGAUAAUGUUCUUAUUGUUUGGAAUAUACAGUCAGAAGAAGAAUAUCUUCAGAUAGAUUUUGAUAAAGCCACUUUUGCAGUUUCUGCACUUUUGCACCCCAGCACCUAUCUGAAUAAAAUUCUCCUUGGGAGUGAACAAGGAACCUUGCAGCUAUGGAAUAUAAGAUCCAACAAACUCUUGUACUCGUUUCCAGGAUGGGGCUUAGCAGUCACAACUCUUGAACAAGCUCCAGCAGUGGAUGUUGUUGCUGUCGGCCUUGUAUCUGGUCAUAUCAUUGUACAUAAUAUUAAGUUUGAUGAAACUCUGAUGAAAUUUCAACAGGACUGGGGUCCCAUCACAGCAAUAUCUUUUCGUACAGAUGGACACCCAGUAAUGGCAGCUGGAAGCCCAGUUGGACACAUUGCUUUGUGGGAUCUAGAAGAGAAGAAGCUGAUGUGUCAGAUGCAAGAUGCCCAUUCCACAGCAAUAGCUGGCAUGACAUUUGUCCCUGGGGAGCCACUUCUUGUUACUAAUGGUGCUGAUAAUGCUCUACGCAUUUGGAUUUUUGAUGGGCCUGGUGGUACAGGUCGUGUACUGAGAAGCCGAAUGGGACAUAGUGCACCACCAACAAAAAUCAGAUAUCACGGGCAAAACGGAGAGCAGAUUCUUAGUGCAGGUCAAGAUGGAACAUUGCAAUCUUUUUCAACUGUGCAUGAAAAGUUCAAUAAAAGUUUAGGACGUGGUUCAAUUAAUAAAAAGAAAUCAAAAAAGAAAGGCCUUAAGCUGGAUACGAUGGCACUUCCACCAAUUAUAGCCUUUGCUUCAGAGGUGGCACAUCAGAGCGACUGGGAUGGUAUUGUUGCCUGCCAUCAGGGGUAUAUAACCUGUACAACCUGGAACUAUCAGAAAACCUCCAUGGGAGCUCACAAACUGAGGCCAGAAGAAUUUAGCAAACACAAACCUAUUGAUAUCUAUGCAACAGCAGUUGACAUUACCUCAUGUGGUAAUUUUGCUGUGAUUGGGAUGUCAACUGGACAGGUAGAUGUGUAUAACAUGCAGUCUGGCAUUCACAGAGGGUAUUACGGCAAAGAAACAGCACAUGAAGGGGCCAUUAGAGGGGUAGCUGUGGAUGGAUUGAACCAGCUGGUAAUCACAGCUGGUAGUGAAGGAUUAAUUAAAUUUUGGAAAUUCAAAGUGAAAGAUCUGGUUUAUUCCACUGAACUUUCUUCUUCUCCAAGUGGAAUUCUGCUGCACAGAGAUAGUGGUAUUCUGGGAAUUGCCUUUGAUGACUUCACUAUUAGUGUUUUGGAUAUAGAAACCAGGAAGAUUGUCAGGACAUUCUCAGGACACCAUGGACGGAUUAAUGACAUGACUUUCAGUCCUGAUGGUCGUUGGCUGAUAACUUCAUCAAUGGACUGUUCCAUUAAGACUUGGGACCUUCCCUCUGGAUGUCUCAUAGAUUGUUUUUUGGUAGACUCUGCAGCUGUGAGCCUUACUAUGUCCCCUACGGGAGAUUUUCUGGCUUCAGCACAUGUGGAUGAUCUUGGAAUUUAUUUGUGGUCAAACCGUUCUCUGUAUUCACUUGUGUCAUUACGGCCCCUUCCUGCAGAUUAUGAACCAUCUUUGGUGACCCUCCCCAGCAACUGCCCCAUGCAAGAUGCGGAUGUGUCAGGAGAUGAAGACCUAUGUGAUGAAAUGAUAGAAUAUGUCUCACCUGAGCAACUGGGAGAGCAGCUGGUGACCCUUUCCUUGUUACCGGAAUCUAGGUGGAAAAAUCUCCUCAACCUUGAUAUUAUCAAGAAAAAAAAUAAACCAAGAGAGCCACCAAAAGUUCCAAAGUCAGCACCUUUCUUCAUCCCAACACUUCCUGGUCUUAUACCCCGAUAUAUUGCACCAGAGGAGGAAAAUGAUAUACAGUCAAAGGUGGUAAACCUUGGGAUACUGGCACAGAAAUCUGAUUUCUGCAUUCAUCUUGAAGAAGCCCUGAGCACCAAUCAAUAUAAAGCUCCCCUUGACUUACUGAAAAGCUUGGGACCAUCCAAUAUUGAGGUGGAGCUGCGGGGUUUGGCCCCUGAAGGUGGGGGCUCAAUGGAGGUGAUGCUGAGCUUUCUGAGAAUGAUUGGGAUGAUGCUGAACAAGAAGCACAACUUCGAACUCGCUCAGGCAUACCUGGCACUAUUUUUAAAGUUACAUCUUAAGAUUCUCUCAUCGGAGCCAAAACUCUUGGAAGAAAUAUCCAAAUUGUCAAUGCAACUUGAGGAAACUUGGGUUCACUUACGGGCUCUCUUCAAUCAGAGUCUGUGUGUUUUAACAUACAUGAAAAGUGCUUUGCUGUAA